AAGUUUAUGUCACAAAAAUGAUCAACCUUCAAACUUCUCAAGAAUCAAACCAAUCAAACUUCUCAAGAAAUUCUAUAAAGCAUAAAGAUUCCUUCAAUAAAAAUGUACUUCAUUUAUAGUUUCUAUAGUCGCAGAAUACACAGGGAUUUGUAUGAUGGACAGUCCACAAAAAGUAUGCAAACAUUAAUAUGGUGAAGUUUUCUGCGAAGAGAUGUUUGUUUAUUUAUCAUUUAUGGAAGGAGUCUCCAGUGUCAGAGCUUUCUAACGGUCAGAGGUAGAGCUGUAACUGUAAAGUUUUCGGCCAGAGGAGUUUUUUUUACACUGGUCAGUUACUCAGGAACAAGCUGCUUUUUUGGCUUAUUAACAUAAAAGAGAGGAAAAACAAAGGCCGGUGAGGGAACGACUCUAUAUAAACGAUAAUGUAAGUGAUAACAGGAACUUUUGUGGAUGUUCCACAACAUUAAACGUAACACUCGAUUCAAUUUGAUUUUAUUUGUAUAGCGCUUUUAACAAUGGACAUCGUCUCAAAGCAGCUUUACAGAAACAUAUAAACACAGGAUAGAGAUUUUAAGCGUGUGAAUUUAUCCCUAUUGAGCGAGAAGGUGGAGGCGGUGGUGAGGAAAAACUCCCUAAGAUGAUAUGAGGAAGAAACCUUGAGAGGAACCGGACUCAGAAGGGAACCCGUCAUCAUCUGGGUAACAACGGAUCGUGUGAGAGUAAAGGAACGUUCAUUAUGGUUUAAUAUGAAGUCUGUUUGUUGAACUAGUCCACUGUUCACUAAAGGAGACCUGAGUGAAAAAUUGUAUGUGGUAAUUGCAGUUCCAGGCCAUCGCAGCAACCGUAGUCCCAGCAACCACAGCGAGAACGUCCAUGUGGAAUUGAAGUCCAAAACCAUUUCCAUGGUACUUCAAGCCGCACCAUCCUCAGCAGUCUCCAGGCUGCACUGCUUGGGGUCGUCCUCAGUGGCAGAAUGUAGCCUCCAGUUGAUGAGAGCGUCAUCCAGACGUAGGGCCUCAGAGGAUAGAUCAGGCAGAUCCGGAGAGCAGAAAGGGGAAUGGAGUGUGGCGUGGAUGAAGACACACGCAGAUCUUGUCGGAGUAAAGGGAAGACAGAGGAUGAGUGCCAGAACUACAUGCGUGUCCUCCUCCUGACCGGUUCUCGUCUCUUCUCCUGUGGCACUAACGCAUUCUCACCCGUCUGCACCACCCGCUCUGCAUCCGAUCUCUCCCAUGUAACCGAGACGGUGAACGGGGUCGCCCGCUGUCCUUACGACCCCAAACACAAUUCCACCGCCAUGGUAACGGAAAGCGGUGACCUCUAUGCUGCAACAGUCAUUGAUUUUUCUGGACGUGACCCCGUGAUCUACCGCAGCCUGGGGAGUAUGCCUCCUCUUCGCACAGCUCAGUACAACUCCAAAUGGCUGAACGAGCCUCAGUUCGUCUCAGCGUACGAGGUAGGUCGCUUCACCUACUUCUUCCUGCGGGAAGUGGCGGUGGAGGAGGAUUGUGGAAAGGCGGUGUUCUCUCGGGUGGCGCGGGUGUGUCAGAACGACGUAGGCGGUCGGUUUCUUCUUGAGGACACAUGGACGACGUUCAUGAAGGCCAGAUUGAACUGCUCCCGUUCAGGAGACGUGCCUUUCUACUACCACGAGCUCCACAGCACCUUCUACCUGCCUGAGCAAGACCUCAUCUACGGCGUCUUCACCACCAACAUUAACAGCAUUGCUGCCUCUGCAGUGUGUGCCUUCAACCUCAGUGCCAUCACCCAGGCCUUCAGUGGUCCGUUCCGCUUCCAGGAGAACCCUCGAAUGAGCUGGCUCUCCACCCCGAACCCCAUCCCCAACUUUCAGUGUGGGACAGUAGGCGACAGCGGCCCUGGUGGGAAUCUAACAGAACGAAGUCUGCAGGAUGCUCAGAGACUCUUUUUGAUGAGUGAAGUUGUUCAGCCUGUGUCCGUCGACCCCUUGAUCAGCCAGGACAAUAUCCGCUUUUCCAAACUGGUUGUGGACAUUGUGCAGGGUCGUGACACGCUAUACCAUGUCAUCUACAUCGGGACAGAACAUGGCACCAUUAUCAAGGCGCUCUCCUCAUCCAGUCAAAAUCUGCGUGGAUGUUACCUUGAGGAGAUGAAGCUUCUUCCAGGAAAUCAGCAGGAACCAAUCCUUAACCUGCAGAUCCUGCAGAGCGACAGGUCCCUAUUUGUGGGUUUGAGCAGCAGAGUUCUGAAGAUCCCACUAGAGAGAUGCUCCAGCUAUGAAACCCAAUGGGAAUGCUUGUACGCUAGGGAUCCAUAUUGUGGUUGGGACAGGAAACAGAGACGCUGCACUACGAUUGAAGCCAGCUCCAACAUGAGCCAGUGGAGCCAGAACAUCACACAGUGUCCUGAGCAAAAUCUUACCCGAGAUGGCGGCUUCAGCCCGUGGUCGUCAUGGCAGUCAUGUAACCAUGAUGACGGAGGUGAAAGUUCAAGCACCUGUCUGUGUCGCUCUCGUGUGUGUGAUCACCCGGUCCCUCAGUGUGGGGGGGCUGAGUGUGUGGGGCCAACGAUGGAGGUGACCAACUGCUCCAGAAGUGGAGGUUGGACUCCCUGGUCCUCUUGGUCUCCGUGCAGCACCAGCUGUGGUGUUGGGUUCGAGGUUCGUCAGCGUUCAUGCAGUAACCCCACCCCCCAACACGGAGGGAGAGUGUGUGUAGGCCAGACGCGAGAGGAGCGGUUGUGUAAUGAGGAGUCUGUGUGUCCUGUGCCCGUGUCCUGGGCUCAGUGGACCUCCUGGUCUACAUGCACAGCAGUGUGUGGCGGCGGUUUCCAGUCCCGAGUCCGAACCUGUGAGAACGGAAACUCCUGCCCUGGGUGUCCUCAGGAGUACAGGUCGUGCAAUUUGGACGCAUGUCCCGAGGUACGUCGAUUCACACCCUGGUCUCCAUGGUACCCUGUGAACAUGACAGUGGGCGGAGUCAGACAGGAGCAGCGUGUGAGACACACCUGUCGAGCGCCGCUGGCUGACACACACCUCCUCCAGCUGGGCAAACGCAAAGCAGAGACCCGUCACUGCCCGCCUGAUGGUGGAGCGCCGGGGUGUGAGACUGACGAUCUGUUACAAGACAUAGUAACCCAACCUUUGAACCCAGUGCAGGGGGUCACCUGGUUGCCAUGGGAAACGUGGUCUUCAUGUUCCAAAGAGUGCUCGAGAGGGUUUCGAACACGUAAGCGCUUGUGUGUCAGUCCUGACGGCAAAAGUUCGGCGUUCCUGUGCAGUGGAACACCGGUGGAGUAUCAGGACUGUAACGCAGAGCCGUGCCCAGUGAAGGGGGCGUGGUCAUGCUGGUCUUCCUGGACUGAAUGUUCUACUUCCUGUGGAGGCGGGCAUUACCAACGCACUCGGACCUGCUCAAACCCCGCCCCGUCCCACUCAGGGGACAUCUGCAUCGGCCUGCGCACUGAGGAGGCUCUGUGCAACAUGCACGAGUGUGAUGGUGGAUGGGGGUUGUGGUCAGAAUGGACCGAGUGUGAGGAUGGGCUUCAGUACCGCACUCGAGUGUGUGCGAUAAGCCCCGCCCCCUGUAAAGGGAACCACACGGAUCAGAGACUGUGUCCUCCAAAAGAGAGUACCAUCGGCUCACCAGGAGGGAAGAAAGGGUUAAACUGUGGAGGUUUCUCCCUGUUCCACCUGAUCCUGACAGGUGGCGUCUCCUUCCUGGUAGCGUUGCUGGGAUCCAUUCUCGUUUACGUGUUCUUUCAGAAGGUCUAUAAACCCAUCCAGGAGCCUGCAGUGAUCCAUCCUAACACCCCCAACCACCUUCACCACAAACACAACACCAGCACGCCGAAGAACGAGAAGUAUACUCCCAUGGAGUUUAAGACACUGAACAAGAACAACUUGCUGCCGGACGAGAGUUGUAACUUCUACCCUCCUCCUCCGCCGCAGACGAACGUCUACACCACCACGUACUAUGCUCCUCCACUGGGCAAAUAUGACUUCCCGUCUUUAGACUCGCCCUGCAGGAACUACAUGCACAGCUGAACCCAGACUCUCACCUUCUGAACCGUAUGUUAUUGCAGGCGCGGCGAUGCAGCAUUAGCUGUGAGUCGACGGAGUGUGUGGAGGUUCAAAAGACACGUUCUUCUUCUUAAAACUAGAAGGAAAAGAUAACAAGGAUGAGGAUGUGUACUGGGUGCUUGACCUUGUUUUGGACGUUUAGGGCUCAAAUUCGUGGAUGAAUGAUGGUCCAAAAGGCAUGAACACACCAGCAUGUGACUACAAUAUGGAAACUUGUCCAAAUGCAUCUGAACCAAGACACUCUUGGGCAGGAUACACAGAUCUUUCAGUCUUCCACAAAGACCUUAGGAUAGAAAGUUCUGGUAUACCUGUCCACAUUUUGCUCUCAAACUGAAUAUAUGACUUGGGAUCCGGCAUGGUGUUCACACUAGACUGUGCUGUUUUAUUGCUUACAGUACCACUGUCCACUGAGCACCAACAAUUGAUCCAUUUACGCUUUGCCAUUUACGUGCAAUCGCGUCACAUUUAAUACGUGAAUUUAUAAAGAUGCCGUGAUAAAGUAAGCAGCUGUACACUUUUUUAAAAAUAAACUCACAACUACAUCCACUACUGUACCUAAACGUGAACAUCACUGGGGUCUAAUGUAGCUUUUAGUGCUAAAAGGAGCCUCAGGAUGGACAUAUGAUUCACACUUUACACACAAACAGACACACAAUUGUUUUUUUUAAAACAUUCUUUUUUAUUAAACAACAAAGCAGUGUUGUUAGCUCACACUCACAUGUCAUACAUCCUACUGAAGAUAUAGUGCAACUUAGUAUGGAACACACACACACACACACACACACACACACACACACACACCAAAAAGUAUGGUAUAUUACAGUAUGUGUGUAUAAAAAUGAGUGAGUGUGUAUGGGCGUCUGUGUGAUUGUGAUUUCUGUGUGUAUUAAAUUAUUGUAUAUACACAGUAGGAGCCCAGAAACCAAACUGAUAUUAAAUGUGUUACAGUAAAACAAGUGUGUUAUUACAAUGUAACUAACAGUGUAACGACACUGUAAUAAACAUUGUAUUAAUUAGGGGGGGUCAUCGAUACCAACACUGAUACCAUACACGUACAUGCUCAUACUUGACAAAAAUAGUGCUCUGGUACUAACACCUGAUGGCACAUGAUAGUAUGCGAUGUAGGGCAAGUGUAUGUUGUUAUGAGGACUUUUAAAAAACGUAACCUGAUAAAACAUCUUAAACAUAAAAGUCAGCACGAGAAGUUCAUCACUAGCAUGACAUGCUGGCUAGGUGAGAGAAAAUAUCAACAGGUGACGCUAGGCGAGUGAAAAUAACACUGACAAUCAACUGCAAAGUAGCUAAUGUAGCUAGCUAAUGCACUUCAUUUAUAAACAAUUAGCUAAUGUUAUGAAGGACGUGUCUAUAGUAGGCUAAGUGCAAGAAUACACACAUGGGCCAAUAUUUCAACCAGACGAAUAUAAACAAGCAUAUAUAUGUCACUGACUGAGUAAUACUAAGUAGGCUACUCAUUUUGGUAUCAGUAUUGGUAUCUGUAUCCACGAGUACCAACCGACAUGUACUCAUAUACAGUGCCAUUCACUAAUAUCGGCACCCUUGGUAAAUAUGAGCAAAGACGGCUGUGAAAAUUUGUCUUUAUUGUUUAAUUUUGAUCUUUUGUUCAGAAAAAUUCACAGCUGCUCUCAUGGAUAUCAAACAAUUGCAAACACAACACAGGUUUAUCAAAAUAUAUAUAUAUAUAUAUAUAUAUAUAUAUAUAUAUAUAUAUAUAUAUUUGUUAAAUACAGAUGUGCAACAAUUAUUGGCAUGUCUAUGAAUUCGUAUGAGAGAAUAUAGUAUAUUCCUAUUGAUAUUAUUUUUUUUUUUAGUACACCUGAGUGACUAGGAACAGGAAAUUGUUCGACCAUGACUUCCUGGUCAUAAAUAUGAAUAAAUAUGAGGUAACACAUAAACCAAAUUCUUUUAGUCAUUCAUAACGAUGGGUAAGACCAAGGAAUAUAGCUGUGAUGUGCGGCAAAAGGUUGUUGAGCUUCACAAAAUGGGAAGUGGCUAUAAGAAAAUAGCACAAGCAUUGAAAAUGCCCAUUUCCACCAUCAGGGGAAUUAAGAAGUUCCAGUCAACUGGAAAUGUUAUGAAUCAGCCUGGAAUUGGACGUGUGUCUAUAUCGUCUCAACGCACUGUGAAGAGGACGGUUCGAGUGGCCAAAAAAUGUCCAAGGACCACAGCUGGAGAAUUGCAGAAGAUAUUUGGGGUCGGAUAGUCUCCAAAACUACAAUCUGAAGUCACCUACAUCACCACAAGUUGUUCUGGUGAUCAACCUGUGUUUUGUUUGAAAUAGUUUGAUAUCCAUGAGAGCAGAGUAUUUGUGUGAAUUUUUGAACAAAAGAUCAAAAGUUUAAACAAUAAAGACAAUUUCUCACAGCCUUCUUUGCUCAUAUUUACCAAGGGUGCCAAUAUUAAUGGAGGGCAGUGUACAGUCUGAUAGAAUGGUAUUAAUGCAUCCCCAGUAUUUAUACUUACUGUGUGUGUGUGUGCAAGGCAGGGACACGUCUCCUAUUCCUCACACCUGUUUCCCAUUCUGUUUUCACUUUCCCCGUGUCUCUGAGACGAGUGAAGCCCGAAGCGCUUAGCACACGACUCUGUAUAAACCGAGCUGUGUACAUCAUUUUAGUGAGAUGUGAGAGACUAACAUUUCUACUAAUAACCUUUUAGAAAUAUUUCACAUCAAAGUAAAAACCUUCCCUUUGAAGUCCUCUGAGGGAAUAUGUUGGGAAAUGUUUAUUCAAACUGCCAUCUGAUGAUGUCAUAAUGGGUGUUACAGCAGCUGACCAAUCAGCAGCUUUGCUUACACUCACACUGAGUGGAGCGACUCAUUAGGAUCUUAACACACAAUCAUUAUAAACACACGCUUGCUUGCUGUAUGGUUCUUUCUUCCUUCCCUCCUUUCUUACUUUCUCUCCUUUCCUUCCCUCCUUUCUUACUCUCUCUCCCUUUCUUCCUUCCGUACUCUCUCUUCCUUCCUUCCUUCCUUCCUUCCUUCCUUCCUCUCUCUUCUUUCCUGUCUCUUCCAUGCUUGCUUCCUCUCUCUCUAGCUUCCUUCCUUCCUCCCUUCUUCUCUCUUAGAUGCUUUGUUCCUCUCUCUUUUUCUUCCUGUCCCUUUCUUUCUUUCUUUCUUUUUCCUUUCUUCCUCUCUCAACCAUACUUAGUUCCUGUCAAUUUUUCUUUCUUUCUUUCUUUCUUUCUUUCUUUCUUUCUUUCUUUCCCUCCUCUCUCUCUCACCUCUUAAUUUCCUUCCUCUCUCUUUUUCUUCCUUUCUCUUUCUUUCUUCCAUUCUUUUUCCUUCCUUCCUCUCUCUCCCAUUCUUACUUCCUCUUUCUUUCUUCCUUUCUCCCUUUUUCGUUCUUUCCUUCCUUCCUCUCUCUCUUCCUUCCUUCUUUUCUUCCUUCCUCUCUUCCAUACUUACUUCCUCUCUCUUUCUUCUUCCUUUCUCUUGCUGUCUCUUACUUUCUUUCCCCCUUCCUUUCAUCCUUCCUACUCUCUGUUUCUUUCUCCCAUACUUCCUUCCUCUUCCUUCCGUGCUUCCUCUCUCCUUCACACUUACUUCCUCUCGCUUUUUCUUCCCCCCCCUUUCUUUCUUUCUUUUGAUGUUCCACAUCAAAUAGCCAGUUAUAUGCUAUUAUGCAAACAGCUUCAUCCACCCUGUUAUAAAGCAAGCAGAAUCAGAUCACUCUUGCUCUUCUGCUCUUGAUGUAGACUUGAUGCUCAUCUAACACUCAUCUAACAAACAUCACUUGAGCUUAUAGUUAUGGAAUGGCGGGAAAAUAUUCUCCACCAAAGGGAAGUGAAUCGUCUAUAAAACAGUAUUGGAAUACGGCGUGAUGUAUUUUUUCCAGUCUCUCUGAGACUCCAGCGGUUGUUUGAGCUUCCCUAUGCAAUACCGGCUCCUCAUCACACCGUCACUGCCUUUCUACACACUGUGAACUUUUGCUAUGUUCUAUUUUUGUAUGCUGUGCGUCAUAAACAAUAAACUUCACGUAAACUUCA